CAGAUUGGUAUACUAAUAAUAAUUAUUUUUUUUUGUUUAAUCUUUUUUUGAAGACCCUUUGUGAAUCUUGAGUCAAGAUCUUGUCAAUCUGAAUAAACCAAGAUUCAGAUGUUAAUUUUAUCUUAAACUUUGAAAUCAAGAAUAUCCUUUCUAAAUAAUAUUUAUUUCUUGUGAUCAUAGAAGUUAUGGGGCAAGCUUUGGGUUGUAUUCAAGUGGAUCAAUCCACAGUUGCUAUAAAGGAAAAUUUUGGGAAGUAUGAAGAUGUUAUUGGUCCUGGUUGUCACUUGAUGCCAUGGUGUUUUGGAAGCCAAUUAGCUGGUUAUCUUUCUCUCAGAGUACAGCAACUUGACAUUCGUUGUGAAUCCAAGACUAAGGAUAAUGUUUUUGUGAUUCUGGUUGCUUCAAUCCAGUAUAGAGCCUUGGCAGAUAAGGCAGCAGAUGCCUUCUAUAAGCUAAGCAACACAAAAGAGCAGAUUAAAGCAUAUGUCUUUGAUGUUAUUAGGGCAACUGUGCCAACAUUGGAACUGGAUAAAAUAUUUGAACAGAAAACCGAGAUAGCCAAAACAGUGGCGAAGCAACUCGCAAAGGCAAUGUCUCUUUAUGGAUAUGAGAUAGUUCAGACUCUUAUUGUAGAUGUUGAACCAGAUGAUCAAGUGAAAAGUUCAAUGAAUGAGAUUAAUGCAGCUUCAAGAUUGAGAGAAGCUGCAUACGAGAAGGCAGAAGGAGAGAAGAUUCUGCAGAUAAAGCAAGCAGAAGCGGAAGCAGAAUCGAAGUAUUUAGCAGGGCUCGGCAUUGCUCGUCAACGUCAAGCUAUCGUAGAAGGACUCAAAGAAAGUGUACUCGGGUUCUCUAAUAGUGUUCCUGGGGCAUCAUCCAAGGAUAUCAUGGAUAUGAUUUUGAUUACCCAAUACUUUGACACAAUGAAGGAGAUAGGUGCCUCCUCUAAUUCAUCUAUUGUCUUCAUUCCUCAUGACCCAGAGGAUGUGACUUUCACAGCAGAGGUAAAUAAAUGAACAGUUUGCUUCAAGGAAAAACAUCUAGUCUACGAUGCAGAUAUGAUGAUUUUGAGAGAAAGAGGGCACUUCUCCAUGUAUUGUGUUAGAAAAGGAAAGGUGCAAGAACUAAUUGUGUGCACAUACUCUAGCUACACAUAGCAGGCUAUUUUCUUAAACACUUGUACACGGUAUUUGAUGUGAUGCUCUGUAGUAGUAAUUUCAAGGAAGGUACGGAAAAUAGGUGUACUUGAGAAACAAAUGGGUUUUUACUAACAUUUUCUUUAAA